AUGCUGGAGACCCGCAACCUCACCGACUGUUCCAGCGGACAGAACCUCACCGAGCCUCCGCUGGACACGGCGGGAUGCCUCUUCCUCUCCAUCCUGCCCUACGGUCAGGCGGUGCCGGCGCUCGUCUGCGGUUUUGUUCUGUUCACUCUCUUCUCGUUCCUGGUGAACCUUCUCACCCUGCUGGCAGUGUGGUGGUCCGAGGAGCUCUCCUGGCAGCCGCGCUUCACCUUAGUGAAGAACCUGAUCCUGAGCGACCUCAUGCAGAUCACCACCUUCGGCCCGGCGGUCAUCCACUCUCUGGUCCAGCGACGCACGAUGCCGUUCCGCACCUGGUGCUACGUUCAGUAUUUUAUAGGAUCAACCAGCAUCUUCACCAGCCUCCUCACCAUCACCUGCAUGGCUCUGGAGCGGUACCUGUUCGUGUGCCGCGCCAUCCACUACUUGGUCAUUCUCACCGAGGCGUGCUUGCGGAGAGUCCUGACCCUCAUCUGGAUGUUCUCCAUCGCCGUCGGGGUCGUCACCAUGGCGCUGCUGCACACCGGCGGCGCGCAGAGCAGCGGGUCGGUCACCAUGGGGCUGCUGUGCGAGCCGGACAUGAUGGAGCAGCACAUGGGCUUUCCCCGAUCCUCUGCCAUCUUCCGCAAAGUGGUGGGCACCGUGACGCUGCUGCUGUGCCUGAUGGUUUUCUUCUUUUCCUACUGCAGGAUGUACCAGGACGCGCGUAACGCGGUGAUCCCGUUCAACGCGGACAACAACAAGGCGCGUAAAACGGUGCUGCUGGACUGCGGCAUGUUCCUGAUGCAGCUGCUGCCGCUGCUGCUCAAAGUGGUCUCGGACGCGCUGUGGGAGGUUCGGGGCAACGCGGCGAUGACGGGACGCUCCUCUCAGGCUGGAGACGUGUGCACGGUGAAGCCCGCACCCACGGCCACGGCGGCGGUGCUCCACGUGUCCCUGCUCAUGAUGCUCAUGGUGCCGCCGUGCAUCAACCCGAUGCAGUACGGGCUGAGGAACGCGGAGGUGCGCCAGGCGCUGCGCCGCCUGAUCCACCGGGUCACGGAGGAGGUCGCGGAUGUAGCGGAGAGAGUUGGAGACGGUGCGCAUCAGAACCGAGCUCAGGAGGCUUAG